CUGAGUAUUACACGGUAUUCGCCACAAGAGGGAGGCCCGACCCCACUGAAAGCCAAUUGGGGGUUUCCCCUCUGGAUAAGGUAAGCAUCUCUCCUUGCGCCCGACAGCAGGGGUGCCAAAAAAUGAAGCGAGGAAACAGUCGGAGGCUGACAUUUUCUCCAGGGUGUCCGCCACAGGGAACCUAGUGCCGAGAGCCCCCGGGCUUGGAACAGACAGACGGGGUUGUUUUGCAGACACAAUCAGCAGACUGAUCCAAGUGCAACAACUAAAGGACCGAGGAGAGCUCCCCGCUUGAAUCCCAUCUGACAGCAAGAAAGGCUCUGGCCAGCCUGAAGUGAAGGGUCACUGAGCUCAGACACUCUUCUUCCACUGACUCACAAAUUACACACACACGGGGGGGGGAGUCACACACUGACAGAUCAGUGCAACGACGCAGACACUCAGUUUACACACUUGGGCACACACACACAUACCCCUCAUCCUUGCGCAUACACAUCCAAACACAGGCCCCUUGAGCAGGAUGAGGGAACCUUGGAGGUACCUGCUGGGCCUGUGCCUCCUGGCAUGCUCAACCUUCACCCACAGUGCCGCUAAUCCCUUCGCAGGACAGCAGACUCCUCCAGACCCCUGCUACGAUGACACAGGUGCAGCACGCCGGUGUAUCCCUGAGUUUAUCAAUGCUGCCUUCGGCAAGGAGGUUACGGUUUCCAGCGUGUGUGGCCGACCUCCCUCCCGUUCCUGUAGCGUGGUGGAGCGGGGCGACGAGCGGCCUUCUGUACGUACGUGCCAAAUCUGUGAUGCAGCCGACCCUCGCCGUGCCCACCCGGCUUCCUACCUCACCGACCUCAACUCGGCCCACAACCUCACCUGCUGGCAGUCGGAGAAUCUGAACACCUCUCCGUACAAUGUGACUCUCACCCUUUCGCUGGGUAAAAAAUUUGAGAUUACCUACGUCAGCCUGCAGUUUUGUUCACCACGACCCGAGUCCCUGGCCAUAUACAAAAGCAUGGACUAUGGCAAAACCUGGAUGCCCUACCAGUUCUACUCCUCGCAGUGCCGCCGCAUGUACAACCGACCCAACAAAGCAACCAUCACCAAGCAGAAUGAGCAGGAAGCUCUUUGCACAGAUGGUCACACUGACCUUUAUCCGCUGUCUGGAGGGCUUAUAGCUUUCAGCACUCUGGAUGGACGGCCUUCUGGUAAAGAUUUUGACAACAGCCCAGUUCUUCAGGACUGGGUCACCGUCACUGAUAUCCGUGUGGUCUUUAGCCGGCCGCAGAUGCCCCGGGAGUUGGUACUAGGGGCCGGAGGCAACACUGGAGGGAGGGAUGAUGACCCCAUGGCAGUGACGUCAACACUCCCAACUUAUUUCUAUGCAGUGGGAGACUUCCAGGUGGGUGGGAGGUGUAAGUGCAACGGCCAUGCCUCACGCUGUCUGAAAGACAAGGAAGGUAAACUGGUGUGUGACUGCAAACACAACACGGAGGGCCCCGAAUGUGACCGCUGCAAGCCCUUUCACUAUGACCGACCUUGGCAGAGGGCCAAUGCUCGCGAGGCCAAUGAAUGUCUGCCGUGCAACUGCAACCUCCACGCCCGCCGGUGUCGAUUCAACAUGGAGUUGUACAAGUUGUCAGGGAGGAAAAGUGGAGGGGUGUGCAUGAAUUGCCGCCAUAAUACCGCAGGACGCCACUGCCACUACUGCAAGGAGGGCUUCUACAGGGACAUGGCCAGACCAAUCACCCACAGGCGAGCCUGCAAAGCUUGUGACUGCCACCCUGUGGGCGCAGCAGGCAAGACAUGCAACCAGACCACAGGCCAGUGCCCCUGCAAGGAUGGUGUCACUGGCAUCACCUGCAACCGCUGCGCCAAGGGCUACCAGCAGAGCCGCUCGCCCGUGGCCCCCUGCAUCAAAAUCCCUGUGGUCAACCCCACAGCUGUCGUGAGCAGCACAGAGGAACCAGCAGAUUGUGAGUCCUACUGUAAACCAGUGAAAGGCAACUUGAAGAUCAACAUGAAGAAAUACUGCAAGAAGGAUUACGCUGUCCAAGUGAACGUGCUGGACAUGGAGACGGUGGGGGACUGGGCCAAGUUCUCCGUUAGCGUGGUGGCUGUGUACAAGAGCCGGGGCGAACCCUUAAAGCGAGGUGACAACAUCUUGUGGGUACAUAUGAAGGACCUUGCCUGCAAGUGUCCCAAGAUCCAGAUGAGCAAACGAUUUUUGGUGAUGGGCGGCGCCGAAGGUGGAACGGGCCCAGGAGCAGGUCCAGGAGUCGGGCCUGGAGGCGGAGCCAGCAGUCCGGGGGCGGAGCGCAUAGGCUUGGUGGCCGAUAAGAACAGCCUGGUGAUCCAGUGGAGAGACGUUUGGACGAGACGUCUGAGGAAGUUCCAGCGCAAGGAGAAGAAGGGGAAGUGUAGCAAAGCAUGAUUGGGAAAAGCAGCGUCCAUCCCUACCUCUCCCUCCACAGCACUCAAUCACAAAUCCUGACUCUUGACUUCUCUUAUCCCCCGCCACUCGAGUCCUUUCUCCUCCUCCAUUGUGGGAACGCUGCACAUUACAAAGACUGCAUGUACCCUGCCUGUUUUAAGGACCACGUUUUGUGUAUAUUGUAUAAUUAUUUUCAUUUUUAUUUUUCAAGUUUUUUUCAUUGUAAGGCCACUUGUCUAUUUGUCCGAUUGGUUUGCCUUAAAAAGGGACCAUUAAAAAGGGUGUGAAGUGUAGACAAAAGCAGGUGCCAUUUCCCCCUCUCGACGACGGCAACUGAACUGUCCAACCCCCCGCUAGAAAAUACAACCCCCUGACCUCCACCUGUCAAAACUGCCUGUCUUCUGCCAUUUUAAGGUAUUCCCAUGCAAGACUACCAAUGCUCACACCUCACUGUUCUCUGAGGAUUUUAUUAUAGAGUGUUUAUCACUUCACAGACUGAUAUCAGCAACAAGACAAGCUGCAGAUCUCCAGCUUGGCCACCUCACACUGAUGACCUUCAGUAUUUUCCUGUCUAAACGGGCCUACUUUCUCAAGGUCUUUGCAGUAUCUUCUUUGGACUAUAGGACUCCCACAUCCUACGAGGAACCAAGGGCUCCCUUUGCAGGGACAUUUUCCACAGCAAACCUCAGUCACACCACCACUGCUGCUGCCGCCACCACCACACAGCCCUCACAGAAUAACCUGCUCACGUAGGCUCUUAUACGUUCAAGUACGCGAUGCCACUGCUCAUAAUAGAGUUUGUAUAUCUUUUGUGGCUACUUUGCUAUCUCAGCCAUCCACAUCCUUAUUUGAGAUGUAUCCCUUUGUUGCAUUGGGCACGAGUGAGUCACAUCGCAGGCCUCUUCACCACUAGUCUCUCUCAUGAGUGGUUUAUAAAGUCACCAUCAUGACUCAUGGCCUGUCACUUUGUGGAAGAUGAAGCGGUGUGGACAGGCGGACUGGAUUUCAGAACAAUACCAACUUUUCCAUUGAGACUUUUGCGCUUCAUGGAUAAUCUCUUCGCUGGGUACAGCUCUUCCAGACGUUGCUGUGUGGCCAGUGUCACUUGUGUCUUUAAAAAUGGCCGAACAUUUCGUUGCGUUGACUGAUGAAGACUGGCAGGCUUUUGUUUGCCACAACAAGAGAUUGAAACAAGAGUUCCUUUUUCAUGCAGUAAAAACACAAAAACAAGUCGGAUAAAAGAAAAGACGUAGCUGUGUUGUUGGGUUUUUUUGUUUUUGUUUUUCGUUCCUUUCUUAGUAUUUCGACAAAAUGAAUGAGCCUGGAACAUUUUUAGUGCUCACUGAUUGUAUUAUGACAUGAGAGGAUCAUAUUUCAGUCCUCAUGUGCUUUGUUAAGUUUGCAUGUUUGUGGGGUUUUUUCUUUUUCUUUUUCUUUUUUUUUUGCUGGUCCAUCAAAUCCUUACAGGGAGCAGAGAGAGGUAAACCAAUAUGAGCAUGACGAUCCAAAGGAAAACUUCCCAGGUCAUCUUCCACCACUUGCCCACCCCAAAUUCAUAACCCUGUCAUGCUUUGCCAAAUAAAAGUAGUCAGUUUUUAAAUUCAAUUAAGAGACUAUGAAAGUCAGGACCAACGAAUUAACCGCAGAGAAAACCAUCUGGUUGCUCUCAAGCUUUUUAUCUGCCUUUUGCAGUUAUUUCAUUUUGUAAAGGACUUUACAAUUUAUUUAAAUAGAGUACAAUAUAAACACACAGUGUAGUUGAGGGGCACAUCAAGCUCACAUAGCAGUGAGUGUUCCUACAGGCAUCUCAUGCUAGCUUGUGGUUACGCUUCUUUGGCUUUGGCGGCAUGUUUGGUUUGUCAUUCCUCCAAAAGUGUCUCUCCUCUGCUCUCGUCUGUGUGUCAGCCACAAACUCCCUCCCUCCAACCCUUUCCCCCAACCCCCCCUCGAAUUCUCCUUUUAACCCAUUUUGCAUGUUGUGUAUUUAGUGUUUUAGAUAAGUGAAAGCACAGAAAGAGGCUUCCAGACUCCUCUGUGGUGUAUAGUACUGCACUGUAGUUCUUGUUUUCUGAGAAUGUAAAUCAACCUGCAAAGAAAAGACACACAGGUGAAUGGUCUGAUUGUGUUUAUGAAGUGUUGUUAGAACUGAGGACGUCUGAUGGCAUGAUAUUUGAUGCUGUUAUGAACUCUGAACAUGAUUAGAUGUUGUUCAAACGAUUGUGGCUCGUCAUGCUUUUCUCUCUCAUCAAGACAUUUUUUGUUUUUUAUAAUACAAUGCAAAAACAAGUUGUAACCAAAAUGAAUUAUAAGCCACCUCGACUUCUGAUGUGUGACAAAAAAAAGCAGACAUUUAAGUUUUCUAUGGCACUAUGCUGAGGGCACAAAUCCCACUGAUGGAAUUUCUCAAAAAUGCAGAAGCAGUCCUUUAUUUAUGUGUUGGCUGUCCUCUGUGACCUGUCAGACAGGUGGUGUUACAGUAGCACCCGUGUCCGCAUCCUGGUAUGUAAGUCUGGCAUUACGAAGAAUUGUCAAAAUAUUUGCUUCAGCUCCUUGAGCACCCAACACCCUCGUGAAGGAAUUCCACAAAAUUCUUUCUCUUCUAGUUUUCACGUGAUAUGUCACACUAUAGGAGCGCCUCCAAAAAAGGCUUUUUCUGAUGCCUGUUUAUCAUUUUUGCCAGUUCAGUUUACCCAAAAUGCUGGAUAGUUCUUAAACUAUACACAUGUAUAACUAUCCUGCCUACAAAUCUUUAGAGUGCGGCGCUGCAUGGGAACACAUUUACCCUAAGGGCCCCGUUGUGCCAGCCAAGCAGAUAAGUGUACAAUCGUGUCAGGUUUUACUGCUCACAUGGUCACAGAUCAGACAGGCAUGUUGUAAGAUGACUUAUAGAUGGAGGCGAUUUCCCUUAUACAAGUGCUGAUGUAGAGGGUUUUUUUCAGAGUAGCGACACCUAUUGUUCAGAGGAGUACUGUAGCAGCUUCCUGCACCAUAAACGUAUAGGACUGUGAUGAUGACAUUGCCUGUGGCGCGCAAAAAGACCAGCGUGAAAGGUAUACUGAGGCCUCCUGUCAUGCAGCUACUGUCAAUAGCAACUCAUGAAACUGCUAUUGGAAAUACGUUUCACUAUAAUGAUGUUAAACAAAAUGUUACUGGUGUGUCACUUCUGCCAUAAAACAUCUGAAACCAGCAGCUGAUGGAUCACCAUGUGUUAGCUAGCUAGUUUUAGCUAAAACGCCCUUGCCUUUGUUUUAAUAGUUGAGAGCUUUUUUGCCUUCACAUCUAAAAGAGCAGCAUCAUUGACAAAUUCAAAUCAAGAUUAAGCAUGUUUGUGCUUUUGCACUGCAGUGUAAAGUGAAGGAAUGUCCACUAAAUGCACUAUAUGGACAAAAGUAGUAUACCUCACACCUACAAGAGCUGCUUGGACACCAAAAUCCAUGUCGUGAAGCUCCUGGCACACAGCUUCUGUGCUGAUGUUAAUGCUAAACAAGGUUUGCAAAUCUGCAGUUAUUGAGUCACUGGUGACUUUUACACACUCAGCGGUUGCUCUGUAACCUCACAUGGCCUUCCACUUCGUCACUGACUAUUCCUAAACACGCCCAUGUUUGCGAUGAUACCACUGAGAGCCUAUCGUAGAAUAUCUGGAAGAGGAAAAAAUUACACAUGUGAUGGAUUUCAGUGAACUCUUUAGAACUGAUCUUUCACAAAUGCUUGUAAAAGCAGACUGCGUUGCUAGGUGCUUCAUUUUAUACACCUGUGGCAAUGGGUUUGAAGACACCUGAAUUCAUUAAAAGGUGUGGUCCAAAAUCUUAAAACCUCACCAGAAUGGAGCGUGAUCACAUCUUUGUGUUAAUCCUUUAAAAGGGUGAUCUAAACAUUCAUGGAUUGUAAAAGAUGAAAUAUUUACACGGUUCUCCUGCAGUUCUGUGGAGUGUCUGGUAUGUAAGCUGGAAAAAUACAGUUUUCCCUGCAGGGCUCUGCACAGGUCACAUGAUCGUAAACUACGAACCAGCUUUUCCUUUUCUUAAGUGCCCACCCUAAACAUCGAAAUCAAAAUAGGUUAAAAUUGGGCAGAUUUUGUUUGAGGGGGGG